GACCAUAGUUCUGCGUUUUCUAGGCCAGGUCUCAGAACAUCACACACCAACAGUCAACAGCCUACCAACAGCAGCCUAUCACUCUUAGCCUAGACACAAUCGGCCCUCAUUAACGGAAUAUAUUACUCGCCUCUACCAAUCACCACCUAGCAACCAUGUCGACCCUGGCGCAACUUAUUAAGGACUCCCCGGGUCAGUACAUCGAGGUGUCCGGAACCGCAGACACCACCGUCGGGGCCGAAUUUUCAAUGGGUGCUACCGUGACCCUCCCGGCCAAAGAUGGGGAGCCGAAGUCCAGCAUCCAGGCCUGCCUUCUCCUGAUGAAGAUAGAAAACGGCUACCUAAAGAAGUCACAAGAUAUCAAGUUCGUUGGGCGACUCGGCUCGAGCGUUUCGACUGUCACAGCGACGAAGGAGGGGGGAGACUACAAGGCCGCGUACGACUGGCAAUGCAAGAUCAGCGAGGCCGGCAAAUACAGGUUCCAUGUGACUUUCAAGGGCACUUUGCCCACCAAUGAGGAAUUCGAUGUAAUGAUGACGACGGCAGAGUUCACUUGCAAGGCCUAGCUUACCUCGGGCGAGCCGGCAGAGGACGAUGCUCAAGGCGCACAUCAUAUCUACCAACCCAUCACUCGACCGGGAAUUCGGGAGUUCGGGAGUGGCAUGGGCGGUUCAGAGUGGCGGAGGGGGGAGGCGUUGCGUUGACCGCAGACGACCAGGUCAGGGGCCGGAAUACGCCCGUGGAGAGGGGCCGCGGGCGGUAGGGAUGGUUGACAUCGGAAAGGUUACCUAGGGUUUGAGACUUUAGUGGAAAAGAAUCAAUCAACCCAACUGGCUGCCUUCGCAUCGUGACUAGAUGUUUUAAUGUGCUUCCGAUUGUAAUUUGCCUUGACCUUGUCG